CUUUAAGUUGCUGAGCGCGCGACACAGAGCAGCCAUUCAUUCCGGACAGCCGCAGGAGCGCGAGCGGCUCAGAGAGAGAGAGUGUGUGUGAGUGUGACAGAGUGUGUGUGUGUGAGAGAACUUUGAAAUAGAGAGCGUGUGUGUGCGUAUGUGGAGAAUAGCACACACACACACACACACGCGCGCGCGCGCCGCGAUUCCGGUCCAGCGCCGAUACCAAGUCCGUGCUACUGAACGAGCCUACCUUUACACAGCAUCAGGAGAACCACAUCAGGAACCUGGAUGGACACAUUUUCCUAAUAAAAGGUUCAUCAGGCUACAGACAGAGUUCAUAUUUACUGUGCAUUUGACAUUUCUCCAGAGGAAGAGGUCAGAGGUCAGAGAGAAGGAGAGAUUUGUUCAUCAUUGUGGUGAGAAGCUGAGUGUAGAAGAUGUCGGCUGAAGAACAGAGUUUGUCAGAGGUGGAGUUGAGUCCUGGAGUGUCAGACGAUGGCGGCUCUGUGUCGCCGGGGCGGGCGGGUCAUGCAGGAGACUCCCAGAUGGUUUCAGGAGGCGGGGUAGAGGACGACGGGGCAGGACUGUCUCAUGCAGGAGUCUCAGUGAAAUCAGACGAGGAUGAUGAACGUUUCCCCAUCGGCAUCCGCGAGGCGGUCAGUCAGGUGCUGAACGGGUACGACUGGACUCUAGUGCCCAUGCCAGUGCGCGUCACCACAGGCAGCAAGAGCAAACCGCAUGUCAAGAGGCCCAUGAACGCCUUCAUGGUGUGGGCUCAGGCCGCACGCCGCAAACUCGCCGACCAGUACCCUCAUCUACACAACGCUGAGCUCAGCAAAACCCUCGGCAAGCUGUGGAGGCUCCUGAACGAGAAUGAUAAGCGGCCCUUCAUCGAGGAGGCGGAGCGUCUGAGGAAGCAACAUAAGAAAGAUUAUCCAGAGUAUAAAUACCAGCCCAGGAGGCGGAAGAACGGGAAGCCGGGAUCCAGCACUGACAGCGACGCCCACUCUGAAGGUGAUGUCACUCACAGCCAAUCACAUUACAAGAGCCUCCACUUGGAGGCAGGGCAUGGUGCUGGGGCAGGGUCUCCUCUCUCUGAUGGACACCACAACCACCCUGCAGGUUCCAACCACAGCCCCCCGACUCCGCCCACUACUCCCAAAACAGAGCUCCAGGGUGGCAAGUCAGGUGAGGGGAAGAGAGAGGGUGGGGCCAGAGGGCUGGGAGUUGGGGCAGAUGGAAGCUCUGCCUCUUCAUCUUCUUCCUCUUCCUCGAAACCUCACCUGGAUUUCGUGAACGUGGACAUUGGUGAGAUCAGCCAUGACGUGAUGGCCAACAUGGAGCCGUUUGAUGUCAAUGAGUUUGACCAGUACCUGCCUCCGAAUGGGCACCACCCAUCAGGCUCAGGCUCCUCCUCCUGCCCCGCCCCAUCUCCAUCUCCUUACUCCUAUUGGCUCUCGAAACAGCAGCUAAGCUCAGAAGGUGGAAAACCACAGAUCAAGAGCGAGACACAUUUCUCGGCUAAUGCUGAUACAUCGGUGGGUGGGGCUUCUACUUCAGGGGGUGGAGCAUCGGCUCAUGUCACAUACACACCUCUCAGCUUGCCUCAUUAUGGCUCUGCCUUCCCCUCUUUGGCCUCCAGGGCGGCACCAUUUGCUGAAUAUGGAGAUCACCAAGCAUCCAGUUCAUAUUACACACACUCGGGCCAGUCAGGGCUUUACUCCGCCUUCUCCUACAUGAGCUCCGCCCAGAGGCCUAUUUACACUGCAAUCACUGACCCCGCCCCUGGGAAUAGUCCCACCCACUGGGAACAGCCUGUGUAUACCACCCUGACCCGGCCAUAAUGCACACACACACACACACCUGAAAAAGAGACAUGAUUAUGAUGAUGAUGAAAACGGAUUAACAAUAACGAUUUUGUCUCACACACACAGGUCUCAUCUUCAAUGUGAAAGAAUAUUUCACAGCCACUAGCAACACACACACACACACACACACACACACACACACACACACACACACACACACACACACACUGCAAAGAGACUAACCGAUGAUGAACAUUUGUGUAACUGUCACUGUGGCUGAUCACACACAGGUGGGCGGGGCUAACAGAACAUGAACAGAAUACAUAGUUUGCAUGCAUGUACACACACACUCACACACACACACACACACACACACACACACACACACACACACACACACACACACACAAUGGAGUGAGUUUAAUUGUCAGGUUUCAGAAGGACAUUUCACCUGCACAUUCGAAGAUCUAACUUUUAUCAUUAUUAUUAUUAUUAUUAUUAUUAUUAUUAUUAUUAUUAUUAUUAUUAUUAUUAUUCUAAAUGAUUAAUUCUUUAUUAACCAAAACAAGGCCAUUUUCUUUGUUGUUGUUGUUGUUGUUGUUGUUAUAACGCCUGCCUGUAGAUGGAUGUGAGUGAUCAUGAGCACCACUGAGCUGCGUGGUGAAGAUGAUGAUGAUGAUGAUGAUGAGGAGGAGGAGGAGGAGGAGGAGGAGGAGGAGUUGUGUGUAUAUUAACAUGAUCAUGGUGAUUCAGUGUGUCACUGCUAUAACAAUACUGUAAGUCAGUGAGAGGGUUUUACCUCCUACAGCACACUGAGUCUCAUUUACACACAUUUACUCUCAUUGGGCGGAGCUUAGACGUGGUGGGCGGAGCUCCCACUCACCAUGUGCCUUCUUUGACUCCGCCUGCAAACAUUUAAUGAUUUAUCACAUGGACGUUAAUAUUUUUACUCUUAUUUUCUAUUUCUUCUCGGAUUGUAACUUUAGUGUUGAUUGGUCUAUAUUCAGUAGUAUUAUAUAUAAAAAUAUACAAAAAUGAUGUGUUUGUUCUACACACAGUAGGUGGAGUUUGUUUUAUUUAUAUUAUUGCUUAUUUCCUGUUUUUUUUCUCUGAAAUGAUUUUGUUGUUUUGUGUACAAAGUUUUUGUUAAUGUGUUCCAGUAGAAACUAACGACACACAUACUAAAUAAAACUCAGUCCUCUUUUCUAUGAAAAA